AUGCAGAUCUUCGUCAAGACCCUCACGGGUAAGACUAUCACCCUCGAGGUUGAGUCCUCGGACACCAUUGACAAUGUCAAGUCCAAGAUCCAGGGAGGGUAUCCCCCUGACCAGCAGCGCCUGAUCUUCGCCGGCAAGCAGCUCGAGGACGGCCGCACUCUUUCGGACUACAACAUCCAGAAGGAGUCGACCCUUCACCUCGUCCUCCGCCUGCGUGGUGGUGGUAAGAAGCGCAAGAAGAAGGUCUACACCACUCCCAAGAAGAUCAAGCACAAGCACAAGAAGACCAAGCUCGCCAUCCUCAAGUACUACAAGGUUGACGGUGACGGCAAGAUCGAGCGUCUCCGCCGCGAGUGCCCCGCCCCCGAGUGUGGUGCCGGUGUCUUCAUGGCUGCCAUGCACAACCGCCAGUACUGCGGCAAGUGCCACCUCACCUACGUCUUCGACGAGGCCAAAUAAAUGGUCUAAGUUGAGCAGUGGUGUUCCAGUAUCGAGUUCUAGCAUGGUUUCGCUAGGCUGGGGCGACGUAUUGGGAUAUCAUUGUUGAUGUUACGGUUGAUGGCUGUGUGCUACGAUCUAGACAAAAAUAAACAACCUUUGGUGUAUUCCAA